AUCACACAGUGCUUCGCUGCGCGCGCGCGCACACCCACAGUCGCCCGGCGCUGAGCACUGCAGCAUCGGUCUGCGGGCAAACGCCGAGGUAUGGAUGUCCAAGAGAGGUUGGCAUUGGAUAUUUCCACCCGAAAUCCCCAGGACGACUUCGAGCUGCUGCAGAGAGUUGGCGGAGGGACCUACGGGGAAGUUUAUAAGGCGAAGAACAAAGGCACCGGCGAGCUGGCUGCCAUAAAGAUUGUGAAGAUGGAGUCAGAGGACGACUGCGCCGCGAUCCAGCAGGAGAUCCUCAUCGUGAAGACCUGCAAGCACCAUAAUAUCGUGGCCUAUUACGGGAGCUACAUAUGGUUGAACAAGCUGUGGAUCUGCAUGGAGUUCUGCGGGGCCGGAUCUCUGCAGGACAUUUACCACGUCACCGGCCCCCUGUCAGAGCAGCAAAUCGCCUACGUCUGCAGAGAAACGUUGCAGGGUCUGUCUUAUCUUCACACUCUAGGCAAGAUCCACAGAGACAUCAAGGGAGCCAACAUCCUCAUCAAUGACAACGGAGAAGUGAAACUCGCGGAUUUUGGGAUCUCGGCCCAGAUCAGCGCCACCUUCGCCCGCAGGAUGUCCUUCAUCGGCACCCCCUACUGGAUGGCGCCCGAGGUGGCGGCGGUGGAGCUGAAAGGCGGCUACAACGAGCUGUGCGACAUCUGGUCCGUGGGCAUCACGGCGGUGGAGCUGGCCGAGCUGCAGCCCCCCAUGUUCGACGUCCACCCCCUGCGGGUGCUGUUCCUGAUGUCCAAGAGCGGCUACCAGCCGCCGAAGCUGAAAGACAAGGCAAAGUGGACUCCGGCCUUCCACAACUUCGUGAAGGUGACGCUGACCAAGAACCCCAAGAAGCGGCCGAGCGCGGCCAAGAUGCUGAGCCACCAGUUUGUGGCCCAGCCUGGCCUGAGCCGGAGCCUGACGCAGGAGCUGCUGGAGAAGCUGCGGAACCCGGACAAGCUGCCGCGCUGCUGCGAGCCGGAGGAGGAGGAGGCCGAGCUGCCACCCCCGGUGCCCCAGCGGAUCCACUCCACGCACCGGCACGCCCCGGCCGAGCGCAGCAACUCCGACAUCAACCUGCAGCCCAUCAAGAUCAGGACCCACUGGAAGGAGCCGACGCCCGCGUGCCACGUGGAGAUCUGCCUAGACCUCGGCUACAGCACCAGCGGCAGCGCCCCCGGCUCCAUGGGCAGUGCCAGGGUCAACAUGUCGGACUCAGACAACGACUACGACGACGUGGACAUACUAGACGCCUCCCUAGCCUGGGCCGCCCGGGACGGCUCCGGUGUGGCUCACGAUCUCUCUCUUUCCCCCUCGGUCCUGCCGUGCAGCCCCAGUAGCUGUGACCCAGCCCGGCCCACGCUGCCAGCCGACGCUGACGUGCCACCCCCACUGCCCCCCAAGCCCAAGUUCCGGAGCCGGUCCGACGAGACGCCCGCCGAGGAGACGCGGCCCCAGCCCGGGGGGCAGCUCCUGCAGCGCCCCGGCACCCCGGUCUCCCUGGUGCGGUGCUCCAGCGGGCCCGUGGGGAGCCGGACCCCACACCCCACCCAGCACGCCGAGCCCCGCCGCUCCCACCUCUCGGCCAGCUCAGAUCCCACCCUGUGGCCCGGACCCCGGAGCGAGGAGCCCCCCGUCCUGCCCCCCAAGACAGAGAAGAAACGGAGACAGGAUGGAUCCCUCUUCAAGAAGGUCUUUAACGGCUGCCCCCUGCGCAUCACGGCCACGGCCACCUGGACGCACCCCGGCACCCAAGACCCACCCCUGAUCCUGGGGGCCGAGGAGGGGAUCUUCACCCUGAACCGCAGCGAGCCGGAGGCCGCGUUGGAGCUGCUCUACCACAGCCGCACCUCCUGGGUCUACUCCAUCGGCAACGUGCUCAUGUCCAUCUCGGGGAAGACCCCCCAGCUGUACUCCCACAGCCUGACCAGCCUGUACGAGCAGAGCAAGAGGGAGCAGCGCCCCGGCGUGCACAUCGCCCCCCACCGGCUGCUGCCCAGGAAAAACGCCACCUCCACGAAGAUCCCUGAUACCAAGGGCUGCCGGGCCUGCUGUGUGGCCCGGCACGCGCGGAGCGGCUGCCACUACCUGUGCGGGGCGCUGGAGGCCAGCGUGGUUCUGCUCCAGUGGUACGAGCCCAUGCAGAAGUUCAUGCUGGUGAAGCACUUCGACUUCCCGCUGCCCACCCCCCUGCCCGUCUUCGAGAUGCUGGUGGCGCCGGGGGACGAGUACCCGGCCGUGUGCAUCGGGGUGAGCCCGGGCCUCGCCCGCCCAGCCCGUCCACUUCCACACCAUCAACCUCAACUCCCUCACCUCCUGGUUCACCCACACCGGCGCCGACGUGUCCUGCCCGGCCCGGUCCAGGUGAGCCAGGUGGACAGCGAGACGGUGCUGGUGCUGCUGGACAGGAGCGUGAGGAUCGUCACCCUGCAGGGCACCCUGCUGCGGAAGCUGCCGGCCCCCAACAUCACCUUCGACGUCGCCGUGGAGACCAUAGCGCUGGGGCAGAACUGCCUGCAGGCUUUCUGGCGCCACGGGGUGCAGGUGUGGGACUUCGCAUCGGCACAGCUGAUCAAGGAGCUGCGGGAUCAACGCUGCAGCUUCCGCCUGCUGGGCACCCACAGCACCGUCGUUUUGGAGACGCGCCCCAUGGACGACACCCACAGCAACCUCUACGUCCAGGAGUGACAGCCCCAGCCGUGGGGGGGUCGGCCUCACCCCCCGAGAAGCUGCUCUUCCCCAGAGAGCCCCCCCCUCCCCGGGGCCAAGGACCCACCCAGCCAUGUGGGCCACGAUGGAGAAUCGGCCCCCGGUGCC